AUGGCAACAAAGCUCGAGGAGCUUGGGGAUGUUUUCUGUGCUGCUGGGGAUCAGGAGGUCGGAAAUCUUCUCAAAACCCUUCGUGAGAGUCCUCAUCGAUUACGCUCCUUACGGGCCGCCUUGCUUCACGGCGCAGGUCCCGGGCAAUCUUCAAAUGAGUUCGUUGAGCCAUCAGAACCUAUGAAGCUAUUAGAAAAACUACCAGAAGAGAUAUGGUUGGGUGCUUUCGCAACGGCGAGCGGUGAGAAGCUAUCAGAAGAUCAGAUACAGAGAGUCUUGCGCGUUGUCCAAGCUUGGGCAUCUGUGGAUGUUAAGCGCCUCAAGGCAGAUGCCUUGAUCUGGGCCGAAGACCCUUCAUCUUUCCGCAGAACAAAUAUCCGAGGACCUAUUUCCCAUAAUCUUGACCUUAUCGCCUUCUACUUCGAUGCAUUCGAGCAGAUCGAAAACGCCCCGAGGCUGGAUCCGAUGCGGAGGAAGAUUAUCCUACUCAAGACCUUCAAGCUCCUUCAGGAGGAGGAGCGGAGCCUCCGACGUAGGAAGAAAAUCCAACAAAAGAAAGGACAAAACAGUUCAUCGGCUAAGCCGAUAGCAACAUAUCGAUCAAUGGCAAUCGACGCGGUUGCGCAACGUAUUUGGGGAAAACUCCCAAAUGAAGAAUACGCUCGCAGACGGAAGACAUUGACACGCAUGACCCGCCACGGUGAGAAAUGGAGCCUGAUCCGGCACCGAGGCUUGAUACUAGGUCUCGGGAAGUCACAGUUGUUUGAGCAGCGAAAGUGGGCACCUCUUGAGAUAAUGGCGAUCAAUAAAUACCUUGAGUCGAUACCACUCUAUGCCAUACGGCACGAGUUGGAAGGUGCCAUGCAAGCGAUCGACCAAGAGUAUUCUUACGGUGGACUUCAGGUUCCCUAUCAAUUGUCUCUCGAUUUACCCUCCUCCCACCCAGACGGAGGUGGACAAUCUAAAGAAGCUUCGAACAGUCCCACAUACGCAGCGGCUGGCAUACCACCAGUCACAGAAAGACGAAGUCAAGAUGAAUCCGCCAACGACCAAGGUUGUGGUCUCGCUGACACGGGGAUGACAGACCAGGUUCGGCAAACUGUUGGCGAUACCAGAGAGUCGCACAUUCCCGAUGUCUCCCAAGCACAGUCAGGAAAUGGUAUGUCUAUCGUCAGAACUUGCAAGCAAAGAAAACCUCGUUAA